AUGCGGUACGGACCAGUGUACUUGGGUGCGAACUUUCGGGAGAGGCCAGGAGACUGGAACGGAAUAGAAAGCCACACGAACGAGCCGACGGGGAAGACUUUCCGAGCAUGGGCCAUAAAUGAUGACACGUGUCGCUACAUACGAGGAGUUUUUGAUGGCGGCAGUCAGAGGACCUUCAUAACUGAAACCUUGUCCAAGCACCUUCAGCUGAAAAGUGUGGGAACUACUCGGAUAGCACUCAACACUUUCGCGAGUGCAUCAGACCAAGAGGCUAAGAGGCGUCGGAUCGUCGAACUACGACUGCGGAGUCAGUUUUCCGACCAGGAGAUAGUCCUAGCAGCAAUAGAGAUCCCACACAUCUGCCAGGACAUCGAAGAGACAACAAUGGACGCAGCCUUCGUCGCUUCUUUCAAGAAGCUUGGAAAGGAUGUCGCCGAUGAGCUGAUACACCCAUCUGUCAUAACGAACAAUGGUAUCAGCGUACUGAUCGGUUCCGAUCAGAUGUGGAAAAUAUUGACCGGCGAAGUUUCAAGAUGCGAAGGCAACGAAUCCUUGAUUGCACUGAACUCCAAGUUUGGAUGGACCUUCCAGGGGAGCACAUCGCACUUGAUGUCUCAAACAACAGCUACACGAAUGAUGGUGUGCGUGCUCAAAGUUCAAGCUACCGAUUCCGACGAGUUUCUGCGUUCCUUUUGGGAACUUGAGAACAUAGGAAUUACAGACACGAUAGGCAAGCUUCCUGAAACGAGCAAGACCAUGAUACAAUUUGAGAAAACCAUCAGCUUUCGCAACGGAAGAUAUGAAGUGGCCCUCCCUUGGAAGGAUGGAUUCGAGCUUGCAAGCAACAGGCAAGUCGCCAUUACUCGACUAGAAAAGCUUGUCAACCGUCUCAGCGCCAAGAAGGGACUGUUCGAAACGUAUGACCGUACCAUAAGAGAGUACUUGCGGGCAGGACACGCUGAAGUCGUCAGUGACGCACCUACUAACGUGACAAAGUUAUAUUAUAUGCCGCACAAGGAAGUCAUACGUGAACAAGCGCUGACCACGAAAAUUCGAGUGGUGUUUGACGCUUCGUCACAUGCCAAAGGAUGCAAGUCACUUAACGACUGCCUUGAAAAAGGUGACAACUUGUAUCAAGACCUCGUGCAAGUUUUGCUACGCUUCAGAACGCACCCGGUGGCAAUGAUCGCAGACAUCGAAAAGGCAUUCCUUCAGAUUUCAAUACGGGAAGAAGACAGAGAUGCUUUCCGCUUUCUCUGGUUCGAAGAAGGAGAUUUAUCCAAGGCCAAGUUACAAGAGUGGAGGAUGACACGAGUACCUUUCGGAGCCACAUGUAGCCCAUUCUUCCUCAGUUCCUUGACCCAGCCCGGAACGUGCAAAUAA